GCGGUUUGCCUGGCGAUGGAGCGGGCGGAGAGCGGGGUGAUAGCAACAACGCCACCAAUAACCCGUAACAUGGAGGAGCAGUUGAGCCAGUCCAGCAGCCCUGGAAGUGGGACCCACUUGUCCAACAUGAGUGGCUUCUCACUGGGAGAGGCGAUUGUUCAGCGAGCUAAGCAGGGCACUGAGUUAUGGCCCCAGCUUCAGUCAGAAACAGAUAUUGGAGAACUGACUUCAGCAACAGCGUCCCGUCUGCUCUUGACAGGCGCAGAGUGCACACAGGCUCUUGAGGAGUUCCCUACCAUGGAGGAAGGAACAAUCACCAUAACUGAAGAACUGAGGAGUCCACAGGGUGAAUUUGGACAGUUCCAAACCCCACAAGUGUUCGAGCUGCAGGAAAGUGAUUUGUCCCCUGCCUUGGCGCUUGUUACUGCCUGCUCCAUGCAGAAUCUGGAGGGCAAUCUGUCACAAUCCUUCUUUCAUCGUUCUCCGCUGGAAUUUGCCCCUCUGAGGGCAGCUCCUGACCUGUCCAUGGUAUCGUGCAAGGGAUGUCCAGGAGCGCUCCAGGCCAACAACUUCUUGCAGUCACUCAUUUCGGAAGUGUCCGGAGACCACGUGAAGGGCAGCCUUUCUCUGUCUCGGCACCCAUCCCAGGACAGCAGUGAUGCCUGGGUCCUGUCCCAGCACCCCCUCACGCCCCCUACCCCUGGGUCAGAGGACGAGGAGUUCUCUCGUGCAGAGAGCUACAUCCAGGACCAGCGCUUCAUGGAGCUGCCAUCCCGCCCCCUCGGACAUGAGCUGCAUUGUGUUCCCUUUCCUGAUCACGGAGCAUUGCUGGACCGGGAGCUGCCCUCACACCUGUGCUCGGAGCAGAUGGACUUGCCCAGUAACUCCGGGAGCCAAACUGAAGGGAACCACCAACCCAGUUCCAAUUGGAGCAGCAGCCAGCCAGAGUCGGGGGCAGUUAUCUGUGGCACCGUGCUUCCUAAGGAGGAGGAUGGACAAAGGGCUGCUGACCAGCAGUGUUCCAACGCAGGGGACAGGCGGACGUUCCCAGAGCCUCUGCAGGAUCCAGGGAAUCCCGAGUCAGCCAUCACGAUCCCGAACCAGUGUCAGCCAGCAGAUGAGGUCGGGCAAGCAUCUUGUCCUGAUUCGAGCCAGGAACCAUCUACCACUAGUGGACCAGAUGUAUCCAGCAACAGCCACUCAGUGGGAACUGGACUGGUGACUUCCAGCACAGAAUCCCUCACCCCCAAUGACAGCAAGGACGAUACUGCUAUCGAGGUUCUGCCCAGUGGGAGUGGCAAGGGGGACAGCACUGGCACGGAGCAGGAGCACAAGGACGGCCAGCUGUCUCCUGCAGCCUGCCCGCCAAGCCAUACCGAUUCUUCCUUCACCCCUCCUGUGGACGGUCCCAUCUGCCAGUCCACGCCGGCCAUCGUGAUGACGAAGGUUCCUGAUCCGUCGGGGCAGGGCAGGCGAGCAGCAGGUCACCAGUCCAGCUCUACUGGCCUCUGCAGGUUCCCACUGGCACCAGCCUUUGUGAAGCUGGAGUCCGACCGCGCCAGUCAGGAGCCCACUUCUGCUGGCACCAGGCAGCCCUCCCUGGGUACCACAUGGUCCCUGCCUGCCCUGAGCAACAUGGAGAAGGUGGGAGCCUGGAAUCCAGGGGGGUGGCCCAGCUUCGACAGCCUGGUGCUGCACGGCCUGAGGGGGGUGUCACCCCGCCAGCGAGCCUACAGUGCCAUUGCUGACUCCCUUAAUCACAUGCUGGCCCGGGGCCCCAACCCCUUGCCCAAGAGGAGCAUCGCAGCAGCCUUUGGGGCUGCUCCCCGGCCAGAGGCGGGGCUGCAGUCCGUUCAGACUUCCGUAGGGAAGGGGAGCUGCUUGCAGACGGACACUGGGAGAGGAAGCCCAGACCGGGCCUCGCCCUGCAAACCUGACUCCUCUCCUCAUGUCCCGAAGGGCGACAGAGGCAGCAGUGCUGGCCCUACAGGGUCAGGCAGUGCCCACAGUGAGAGUCUUCAGCUCAGCUGCAGUGCAGCCAGCCUCUCGCCACUCGACAUCCCACCAGACCCCAAACCCAGUGAUGGGCAGGAGAAGGACAGUGUGGACCAGAGCUUCAACCCACCUGGCCCAGGACCGUUGAUCACCACUCACACCUACCAGUUUGAUAUGGCCUCCACAGACGAUGGCAUCAACCCGCAGGCUAGCUCCCUCGACACCAGCCGGACUGGCGAGCACACACUGACCACGUCCGGCCACUCGCUGACCAGCCUGGAAGUGGAUAACUACGUUCCUGUGUGGGCACCAUCAUCUCUCACUCCCGAGUCCAACCACUUCAACAUUGACGACCGAAUUCCGGUAUACCUUCAGAAUCUGGGAAUUAGUCAGUCUCCCACCAGUAUACUGGGAUCUAGAGGCCUUUUGAGGGAGGUAGAAUUCAACCCCUCUGAACGGAAAAGAGUGCGAGAAGCAGCAACGGAAGGAUUUCAGGCUGAAGAAGGAGUCUCCGCACUGGACUGUGAUUCUGGAUGCACUUUCUACUCCGAUGUCCUGACCCACAGCACCUCCAUUCCCUUGGGCUCAGAGACAGGGCGGAAUACUCCCGAUCCCAGCGAGCUGUCACUGGGGACGGCUGAGAGGAGGGGGCUGGAACCGGCUGUGAUCCUGUGUCCCUCUGGGUACUCGCCCACCAACAACGUCAGCACCCAGCUCCCGGCUCAGGCCCUGGGGGAUUCACUGGGCAAGUACAGGGUGCUGACCCCUCCGUUCCCGGGCAGGAUGUUGAUCCAUGACUCGGGAUCUGUGUCCAGGAGGGCUGGCCUCUCCCUCGGCCGAUUGGGGAGUGUUCCCAACUCCGAUGCCUGCGACUCUGCCUUGUUCUGCUCCUCGCCCAGUGGCAAGGGAGCCGGGGGCAGGUUGGAGCCCUCGCUACACAGUCCGGGGGUCUACCGACCCCCUCACCUCUGCUGCGACGAGACGCCCCAGCGCAGCGACUCCUUUGUUGGAUCGGAGACACUGAGUGAGAUCCGCAAGCUGCUGGGUGAGGCAGGGGCGUCCUCGGCCCUGUGGUCGGAGUUGUACUUUCGGACGCUGGACUCGGGCCAGGACGAGGCAGCGAAGCCGGCAGGUGAUGAGGGACAGGAGCUCCUCCGUCAGCAGGAUCGGUCCGAGCCCGUGGCCGAGCGGUUGGAGACUGAGGCGGAGGCUGCCGACGUGCAGCGUCCCAGCAGCAGGGAUGGCGGGGAUGCACUGCGUUCACUCCUGGCAGAGGGCGAGUCACGGGUGAGGACUGCAGCCAGAGGGAGGUUGAUGCAGCCUGUGAACCGUGCAGGGCGGGUGGAGCCCGAGGGGUGCAGUGGGGCCACUGCGGGUGGUGUGUUGCCCAGCCCAGACCCAGCCUCCCCCAAGCCCACCGCCCUUGCCGAUGGUCAAGCCGUUCCUCGUCUCCCCUGCCAGCCUCGCCAGGCUUGGGCACACACCAGCGGCCCUGAGUCAGGUGAAUCGACGGACAACAGCAGCCACGUGGACUUGCCAGGUGCCCCAGUGACCAGCCCGCUGCGAGUCGGUUGUCCUGCAGGACCAACGAUGGACCCCAGUGCACAAGGUUGGGAACGAACAAAGUGGUCAUUGCAGCCUCUUGACCCACUCUCAAUGCUUGAUGAGGAAGACCGGAGGAAGAUUGAAGAAAUCAAAGCAGAACUACUUCAGAAAUCAAAGACUUCCAUCAGCCCACAGGGUGCAUGGUCGGCGGAAACUGGGGAUUUAUCACCGACAUCGUCUGCAGACACCGGCUGGCCUGCCCGCCCCCUCACAACGUUCCUCUCCCUCAACACAGCAAGCUCCCAGAUCUACACCCAGCUCCAGAACCUAUCGGAGAAGCGGUUUGAGAGCAGGGUGCAGCUGCGGACAUCCGUGGGGUGGGACAUGGACAGCCUCCUGGAGGCUGUGGACGCAGGCCCCCCUGCCACUGACUGCUCCCAGUCUGCCCGGCCCAUCACCGCCAUCACCUUCUCCUCUUGCAGGAGGCCCCCUUCUGCUAGCCACCCGCCUACGACUCCCCUCCUCGCACCCCCACCUGCUGACCAUGAGGAGCCCCCUGCCCACCUGUUGGAGGCUGAAGUACCGGGCGCAGAGCCGACCCAGUCCCCCAAGCCCACGGUCAAUGUCGAGGAGGCGCAGUGCCCACAGAGUGACUGGGGCCAGGGGGAUCAGCGUGCUGCCAAGCCCAGUGUGAUGGGACAGAGCCUGGCAGAGGUGGUCCUCGAGGCGCCUGACCCCGACCCUGUCCCCCUCCGCUCUCCCACCAGGACCGUGAUGUCCCACGUCAGGGUAACCCUGUCUCCCAACCGCCCCAACACCUCCACAGUCUGCUCCGGGAGACCCCCCUCUCCCUCGGGGAACCCCCUGUUUCUGGCCAGAGACGGCCAGUGGACAGGCAGGGACUCGGGAUUGCAGCCCUCUCCACCAGCUCACCACCCUGCCCUGGGAACAGCCUGCAACGGGCCCCCCUACCCUCCGGUGCCUAUGCCUGUGCCAGCCUUCUGCCCUACCUUCCCUCCCUUGUUCGACCAUGCCUCAGAAGCCAAGUUCCCCAGCACUGGACAACCAUUUGGCCAGGACGGUCUGGAAGUGAGGACUCGCACUGCACAGGACGGCAGCAAGGUGGACGUGUCCACUCAGACGUGUGGACCGGCUCCAACACUCCCGGCAGGAUCUUCGCCCAAACAGAGGCAGGGCCAGGACUUGGCAGCUCAGACUGAGAGAACUCCGUCCAUCCUGGCUCCAGUGACUGGAGGGACCACUGCCGUCUCUGGCCGUGCCUCGACUACAGAUGUUCCCCUGAUGUUGCCCUACAAACCUUCUGGCAGCUCCAAGCUGUUCUACGUACCCAGCUCCGGGACAAGGCGUAGGUUUGGCCUGGUGGAUUCUGAGAACAGCAGCGAGACUUACCGAGCAGAUUCACGUGACAUACCUCCCCCAAGCCUCCCAUCCCAAGUACCACCACCAAGAGGCUACACCACCUUGAGCAAAGGAACCGCGCACCGAGAUAGUAGGAAGGCUGCAACCUCGAACGUGACCAGGGGCAAGGAGGAGAGAGGUGCCAGACAUCACCAGAGCCCCCACACACAGGGGGCAGGGGGCUUCGCCAGCCUGAAGAGGCGAGACCUAGGAGGCGGGGGUGCCCAUCCUGGCUUGGAGCCCAGGGUGAGGAGUGCCCCAGGGACAGGGAGCAGGAGGCCUUGGCGUCACCCGGAGGAGAGGCAGCGAGAGGCAGGCAGCCGGCGGGAGGCCUGGCUGGGCUCCUGGGAACAGGAGGGGGAGCUCCGUCUGUCAUACAAGGAGCGGGCGAAAGCUGCAGCCAGGAGCGGCCGCGGACAGCCGGCCCCCGAGACCGGCACUGACCCCGGAGAUGGCCGCGGACAGCCGGCCCCCGAGACCGGCGCUGACCCCGGAGAUGGCCCCCGCAGCGCGUUGGACGAGCUGUGGGAGCGCUUCAAGCAGAGGCAGAGGAGGCAGUGCAGCCUGAGCUCUAGCACGGCCAGCGAGCUGUCGCUGCUGCAGCGGCUCGACCGGCUGGCUCAGUUCCUCAGGAACCCGCCACUGCCCCCCCACCGCCCGGACACGCCCAGCUCUGCCUCACUGGCCGAGAUCUCCACUGACCGCAUCCGAGACCUCCUGGAGCAGUGGCGGGACACGGACACCGGCAGCAGCCCGGCGGACGGGAUCCUGGCCAGCCCGGUGGACUCCAGCGGCCCGGUGGACUCGGCCAGCACGGCCUCCACCAUCGACACUGCCCGCCUGAUCCGAGCCUUCGGGCCGGAGCGCGUGCUGCCCCUCUCCCGCCUCUACAGUGCCAUCCAGCAGCAGAAGGAGAGCUCGGCUCACAGGAGGGAGCGGCAGAGGAGGGGCGAGACCCGGUGCCCAGGAGCUCCGGUUUCCCAGCAGGUCUCCACACCACAGGCUCUCACCGUCUCCUCUACCACCUCUGACUCUGCACGAAGACCAUCCGCUCGACCAACCCGCCGCCCGACCAGCCGGCUCGUCAACAAGAAGGGCACGCGUCUCGUCAAUCAGGGGGUGCAGGCAGGCUCUCUGGAGAUAGUCCCAGGUGCCACGAGGAGACAGACCCGUGACGUGGGUGUGACCUUCCCUUCGCCGGAUUCGGAGGUGACCCUGCACCAACUGGUCGGGCACUGGGACUGCUCGGCCUCCCCCAGCAAGCAGCCAGCCACUGGUCCCAGGGACAGGAGGAGGAAGGGCGUCUCCCAGACCGACAGGAGGCCCAGAAAAGGCAGUAGGGCACCAGCUGUCGCCUGGUACAUCCCUGCCCACGAGCUGCAGGGGGACUGGAGGAAGGAGAAUGUUCCUGUACCCAGGCACCGUCCCGUCCACUCCUGGGCUCAGCGAGAGCCAGUCUCUGGGCUGUGGAGGGAGCCCCUCCGACAGAAACACGUGCAGGAGCACUGGGCCUGCGAGGAGGGGGGCAGCUGGGCCCCACCACCAGCUCCGGAGCAGGGAAUCCGGGAGCAGUCCCCCUCCACCCUUGUCCCCCUCACCCUCAGGGAGGCCCUGAGCAUGAACAGACCCUGGUUCAUCUCCCACUCCCAGGAGCGGGUGCGCCGCCUCGCCUUGCUGACGGAAGAGAGGAAGUUACAGAGCAUCCUGCAGAGUGAGAGGGACAGGUUGUUCAACCAGCCCCCAUCCCGGGGCUUCCGGGACCAGAAGGGCCGGCAGCCAGAUAACUCUGUUUUAUACAAGAAGAAAAUUUCCAAGCAGGAAAUGUUGGAUCGCUCCAAGCGGCUGUACGAGCAGCUUCCAGAGGUGGUCAGGAGGAAAGAGGAAGAAAAACGCAAAACUGAGUAUCAGACGAACCGACUGAGAGCUCAGCUCUACAAACAGAAAAUCACCAAUCGUGUUCUGGGGAAGAAGGUCUCGUGGCAGUGAUCACUGGAGUGACUUGUGACCUCUGUGCCACCUGCUUUAAUGUAAAUAAAUCUUUAUUUAAAUAAAUUCCUCCUUUGUCAUUGUUCCUCUAAGAGCAGGACCAACACACUCUCCCUCUGAGUAAUGAGCCUGAACAUCGGGUAACAGAUGUGCAGCGGACACCACUCUAACUCAGCACCCACUGGGAUACUCAUUUCCCUCGCAGUAGAAAGCUGUGUGGGAGCAGUGCCAUAUCAGAGUAGUUGAAGGUUGAUUGGGUGGAGGGAAGUUUAUACUGGUGUCCCUCCUGAGUCAGUAUUUGGAGCUGAGGAAUCAUGGGUGUAAUGCUACAAAGCUGCUGACCAGUUCAAACCCUGACCUCUGGAGCUGACAGUGUGGACAGGCACAGUAGGUUUGCAUAACGCUAGUACAGUGCCAGCGACCUGGGUUCAAUUCUGGCUGCUGUCUGUAAGGAGUUUUCAUGUUUCCUCCCACAUUCCAAAGACGUACGGGUUAGGAAAUUGUGGGUGUCGGCUCGCUGGCUGCCCCAA